AUGGCGAACCCUGUUCUGAGUGGAACUUGUCCUGUGAAACCGCUGUAUGGUGUUGCCCACCAAGCUGCAGCUCAGUUUCAGGGUCUUGGCAAUCUUCUUAUAGUCCUCAGAAAGUUCUUUGCCAUGAAGUGCCAUGUUGAACUUCCAGUGACCAGUAUAAGAGAGU